AUGGGCAAGCGAGGCGGCAAGAAGGGUGGUCGCGGCCGCGGUGGUGGUGGGGGUGGAGGACCACGUCCUCGUCCUGACACUCGCGGCAGCAAGCAGGAUAUUCGUCGAAACAAUGACAAGUUUGAGCAAUACUACAACCAGCUUGGCAUUGUGGCCGAAGAAGAGAGGGACGACUUCUGGAGUGCCAUGCGAAGGGAUCUACCCAACAGCUUUAGGUUCACCGGGUCCAGAGCACAUGCCCUGGCGGUCCAACAGCGACUGCGCGACUACUAUAUCCCUGAGAUCACUUCAAUCACCUACGAAGGGCAAUACGUCGACGCGCCUCGACCCGUGGAAUGGUACCCCGACCAGUUGGCCUGGUUCAUGACUACGCCGAAGAACGUUAUCCGUCGAUUUAAACCCUUUGCCUCGUUUCAGAAGUUUCUUGUGGCAGAGGCCGACGUGGGGAAUAUAACCCGGCAAGAGGUAGUCAGUAUGAUACCACCCCUGGUCAUGGAUCUGAAGCCGGGCAUGACAGUGUUGGACCUGUGCGCUGCGCCGGGCAGCAAAUCUGCGCAGCUGAUAGAGAUGAUCCAUGCUGGAGAAGAGGAAAGAUGUCGCCAGGUCGCCUUAAACAUAUCCAAUGGUCUCAGCAGACCAGAGGGCGAAGAGUAUCAGGACGAUGGCCGGGCGACUGGUCUCCUCAUCGCGAAUGACGUCGAUUAUAGAAGAGCCCACAUGUUGGUCCAUCAGAUGAAAAGAUUAAGCUCACCAAACAUUAUCGUCACGAACCACGACGCAACAAUCUACCCUUCCAUCAAGAUCUCGUCUCUUCCAACAGCUGAGGGGAAACCUGUGAGCAACCGCUAUCUCAAGUUCGACCGAAUCCUAGCGGACGUUCCCUGCUCGGGAGACGGCACAGUGAGAAAGAACAUGGAGAUUUGGAAGAACUGGACACCGAGUAAUGGCCUGGGUCUCCAUGUCACUCAAGUGCGCAUUCUGGUCAGGGCACUGCAGAUGCUCAAAGUUGGAGGGCGGGUCGUCUAUUCGACCUGCAGCAUGAACCCGGUCGAAGAUGAAGCCGUCCUCGCAGAAGCGAUUAGUCGAUGCGGAGGUCCGCAGCUCGUGCAGAUUCUCGAAACGAAGGAUCUCCUUCCCGGGUUAAAACGCUCGCCCGGGCUCAAGCACUGGAAUGUCAUGGACAAGACUGGUCGGAUCUGGGAGAGCUACAAGUCUGUUUUGGAUCAGAGAGCAGAGUCCGGCUCUGAGGGAAUCGCCAAGCUAUGUGAGAGCAUGUUUCCUCCGAAGGAAGAUCUGCCUCUCGAUCGAGCCAUGCGUGUUUAUCCCCACCAGCAAGAUACGGGAGCGUUUUUCAUCGCCAUCCUGGAGAAGAGGUCAGAGAUUAGAGUCAAGCCGGAGGAGAAGCCCGCCAGUGCUGUACAAAUGCCCGUCCAAGUGGGAAAUGCCGACAGCUCGGCAAUUGAUGCCAAACCCGAGACAGCAACAAAUGGAACAGUGGCAGCAGUCAACGACGCGAUCAACGGUGAUUCCGGACCUCUGACAAAACGAAAACGCGAGGACGGUGAUGAGCAGGAUCCUGCGCCGCUCAAGCGGGUUAAGAGUCAAGAGGGACUCGACAACACCACGACUUCUUCAAUCGGUGGAAACAGUCAACCUUCCCCGCGCCCUGGCCUACAACCAGAGCCUCAGCGACAACAAAACCCGAAGAGGAAAAACCGCGACCAACCGUUUGAGGAGCCAUUUAAAUAUCUGUCUCCCGCUCUUCCCGAACUCAAACAGAUCCGCGACUUCUACAACCUCUCGCCUCAGUUCCCCGAUGACCGCUAUAUGGUCCGCAAUCCCGAAGGCACACCUACAAAGAACAUCUACUACACCAACAAACUCGCCAAGGAAAUCCUCCAGGAGAAUGAAGGAAAGGGGAUCAAAUUCGUCCAUGCUGGUGUCAAGGUAUACGUAAAGCAGGACGCGCCGAGUCCGGAAGUGUGUCCGUGGCGGAUCCAAACGGACGGGCUGAGGAUGCUGCAAGCGUGGGUUGGGCCCGAGAGAAUAGUCAAGCUGAGAAAGAAAGAGACGCUGCGGCAGUUAUUGAUCGAGAUGUUUCCCAGAUUCAACGGCGACGAAGGCGAAAAGCUGGGCGAGGUGGCCGAGCAAGUGCGCGAUAUGGGGAUGGGAUGCUGUGUGCUCACUGUGGAGCCGAGUGAGACCGACGCCUCCCCAACGGGCGGUUCGGGCGGCGGAGACCAGGGUGAAGGGUUGGAGGAGAGAAUGGUGUUUCCGCUGUGGAAGUCGAUCCAAUCACUCAACCUGAUGUUACCCAAGGAAGAAAGAAAGGCGAUGCUCCUGCGUCUGUUCAACGACGACACACCGCUGGUGAAUCGGAGCAAAGGCUGGAAUGAGGCUCAGAAGCAGGACAAGGGCAACGAGCCGCGUGGCAGGCUUGACGAUGAAACGAAAGCUGGCGGAGAUGAGAAGGGAGAAGAGAUGAAUCUAGACGACAGGCCCGAAGACACGGCCGACAACGAGCCUCGACGGCGGAACAGCUCUUCUCCUGAACCGGAACCGGAAACCAAGAGUGUCGACGGCGGCGAUGUCGCACCCAAGCGUGACCUGGAGAUGCAGGACGGGGCAGGAAUUGGCGCUCUGGAUGACGACGGCUUCGACGACGAGGAAGACGGCGGAGUGGCCAUCCCCGAAAACGAGUCAUGA